AUGGCUCUUCCCAAAAGUACAGAACCACUGCUUUCACCAACUCAUUGCUACACUCCAAUACCAUGCGAUCGGCAUGAUCAAGAAGAACGUGUCGUGUUGCCUUUUUACCGCCACCCCACCUCUCAAUACUGCCGUCGAUGGCCAGUGAUAGUCACUGCAUCCCUUCUCCUCCUUUCAGCACUUGUCUAUGUUUUUUGGCCCUCCGAUCCCACGGUCAAGGUCGUAAGGCUGCGUCUAAACAAGAUACACAUACACACCUUGCCUAUAAUUAACAUUGACAUAUCUUUGUAUGUUACUUUAAAAGUGCGCAACGUUGAUGUGUAUUCCAUGGAUUUUAGAAGUCUUGAUGUAGCUGUAAAGUACAGAGGGAAGAGGCUGGGUCAUGUGAGAUCCGAUCACGGUCACGUGAAGGCACUGGGAUCAUCCUUCAUGGAUGUUGAACUAGAUUUUAGUGGGAUCAGUGUUCUGUCUGACGUGGUGUCCUUGCUCGAGGACUUGGCUAGGGGUACGGUGCCGUUUGAUACUGUCACCGAGGUUUCUGGCCAGCUUGGAUUGUUGUUCUUUGGGUUCCCUUUGAAGGCAAAAUUGUUCUGUGAAGUUCUGGUGAACACAAACAAUCAGACAAUUGUUCGUCAAACUUGUUACCCUCAGGUGAGUGGGCGUCUUUGGUACUGCUCUGUUAUUUGCAAUGGCUGUAGGCUAGGGGUACUCAUCGCUAAUCAUAUUUCGUAG